CCGCGACUGUGCUGUGUGUGUGCGCCUCUGUACCGUUCAGUGAUAAUCCUGUGUGUUGUGUGUGUUUUGUGAUACAGGUAAAAAUUAUCGGUCCAAAAUGGUGUUAGGGCCGAAGAAAGCAAUACAACAUGUCCCCAGCAAGGGGAGGAUAUCUAUUAUGAAAAUACAGAACUUUACCGUACAAAAAAGACAGUCGGUAGUCACGCUAGUUUAUGGAAGUUUAUUAAUUAUAGUUGGAAUGGUAUCAAUGAUCAUCGAUCCGAUUACGAUAGUCACAAAUUGGUACGCAGAAAUAAAGGAGGGUAAAUUCAUCUACAACAUGUGGUCGAACCCGACGUAUGAAGUGUUCUCUGACGUCUACAUCUUCAACUAUACGAACGUCAAGGAGUUCCUCAGGGGAGAGGAUAAAGUCCUAAAAGUACAGGAAUUGGGACCUUAUAAGUUUCAGGAGAUGAGAACGAACGAGAACAUAACGAUAGACAAAGAGCGCGGGGUGAUGACGAUGAACCCGGUGAUCAAGCUGAAGUUCCUCCCGGACCAGUCGGUGCGGCACUACAACGAUACUGUGGUCGUGCCGAAUAUUGCAUUGCUCGCCAUCAGUACGCUUUUAGCUGACCAAGGGCUAGGCUAUCUCGCCAAUGCAGCAGCCUACUACACGAUAAAGGCUCUAGACUCAGAACUCUUCAAGGAGAUGACGGCUGGUGAAUUCUUAUGGGGAUAUGAAGAUCCACUGGUGAAGGUGGCCAGUAGUUUGGUACCAGGGUGGAUUGAUUUCGGGAAAAUUGGAAUUAUGGAUCGGUUCUAUGCUCAAAGACGAGAAGAGGUGGAGGUGGAACUUCGGGAUCCGAAAACAAGAUACUCCAUUAACACGUGGAACAAGUUACCUGGUCUGCCUGAACAGGGCUUUAAAACGCUUAAUACCAGCAUCCCGUGCAACCGUCUCAAGGGCACGUUCGAAGGGUUGAUGCUACCCCCGAACUACAACACGAGCAACCCCAUCCCCGUGUUCCGCAAGCAAGCGUGCCGCGUGCACCCGUUCGCCUUCCAGCGCAGCUUCGUGGGUGACCUCGGCUUUAGUGUGACCAGGUUCCAAAUGGAAGAGUCAGCGUUCAACAAGACUAAUCGCUAUGCGUGUGACUGCACGGACCACUGCUUGCCCGACGGCUUCGUCGAUAUAGGAAGCUGUUAUUAUGGAUUCCCAAUCGCGUUAUCAAAACCACAUUUCCUGGACACGGACCCACAGCAGCAAGCGUUCUUCGAAGGCAUGCAUCCCGACCCCGUCAGGCAUGCUUCACAUGUGGAUAUUGAAACUCGGCUCGGCGUCCCAAUGGCGCUAGAGACCAACAUCCAGGUGAACAUAGCGGUGCGCUCUGCGGCCGGCAACCCGGUCGCGGCGCCGCUCGCCAGGCGCGUGCUGCCGCUCAUUUGGCUCUCGCUGUACUGCAAAGGGCCACCCCCAGAAGUGGCAUCAAUCCUCCGACUCCGUUUCGUCAUCGCCCCACCCCUCCUCCUCACCCUGGAGAUCCUCUCCAUCAUCAGCGGCAUUGCCCUCAUCACCCACAGCGUACUCCGCAUGUGGAGACCCAAGUACAAGCUCGUGCAGCAAGAAGAUAAACCCAUGAAGGUCGUGGAAAGAAGGAAGACCAGUCUGGUUCUAAACAUGGCGGAUACCUUUAGUGAUGAUGAACUGGCGAAGGAAGCAGUUUCCUUACUAGCUAUAAGGGAAGAAGAUAUGGAUCUACCGGACUUAUUGAUGAAUGAAUCGUGAUUUGAACAUUUAAAGGUUAGGAAUAAUAACAAGAAAUGUUAGUGGUGAAAAUGGAACAAUGUGCCCAAUAGUGGAAGUUUCUCAAAAAGUAUAAUUGUGACUUGUGUUUUUGAGUUGGUGGGAGGAAUCUCAUAAAGAACUGGAAGCUGUGAAAAUGCUAGAAAUAUGAAUCUCGUGAUAAGUGGAUUCCUUGGUAGGAAUUAGGUGGAGGGUAAGUUAUUGAAGACGAUAAGUAAAGGUUAAGUGAAACUUGAAAUGGUAAUGUAUAUCUUGGAAUUCUGAGAUGUAUAGUUUGGAAUAUAUUUAACCAAAUAUGUAUAUUGUGAAUCCUAGGUAUAGAUGUAUCUUAGAAAAACUAGUUAUCUACCUAAUAACUGGUAAUUACCAACACUAUGAAAUUCUGAAUUUUUCAUACUUUUCUUUUAAAUCGAUAAUCCUCAGUGACAUAAUAUAUUUAAGUAAAUAAAUACAUUCCUUUUGCCUUUAUAGUACUAUUUUUUGGACAAAAAUGUAGUCUAAUUUUCUAGACUGACAUUUUUCAGUCCUGGGUCUGUAAUUAGGUACUUAGGAACUACUUUAAAAAAAGAUUAUUUAAAUAAUUUUCAAGAGGCAUUUAUUUUACGUAGUGACAUGUUUUUUAUUGAACUGCGUUAAAUUUAGACAAAAAUCAUCAAUACAUAGAAAUGCUAGCUUAUUUUGAAUUUAGUGAAGUAUAGAGAUGUUUGAAAUACAUUCCAUACCAAAAUUGCCUUUUACCUCGCUUUUCAUUAUAGUGUUUGGUAAUAACGUAAAC